CUAACAGUGUGUGUGUGUGUGUGUGCGUUGGUUUUUGUGGCUUAUGAGGACUUUUGACCUGAUUACGUACCGACACUACGGGGACAUUUGGAAUUAUGAGGACAGGGACAGUGUCCCCAUAAUUCCUCUAAUAUAUCUAUAUAUAUCUAAGUAAGAGAAGCUAAAAUUCAAAGUUUCGGUCGAAGUCCACUUACACCACAUACCCCUGAAACUGACUUUACACAGUGUUAACUCGGAAUUUAAUAUAGCGCCCCCUUUAGUCUGGUCUUGGUAUUGCACCAACUUACACACUCACACAAAAUUUGAGCCUUCUGAUUGGCUACCGCUGACUCGCCUAAUUCGCGCUCUGAUUGGCUGCGGCCGAUGUCAUUCAUGUCACGUGUCUCGGUUUGUGGGCGGAGUUUCUCUAUGUGCAGCGCGUCAUCAUGCGGAACUCAUAAUACGUCAAUCUUUAAAAAACAGCGUCCGGUGUACAGACUGUGUGAGAUGAAGCUGAGGAGGAGGAGGAGAGACAAUCCCAAACAGGAGGCUGAAUAUUUCACAUCUGCUGCCAAAGACAAGGAGGGAUUUGAUGUGAAAUAUAUAAAUUCAUUUAUAGGACGUGGAGUAUUCAGUUGUGUUCAUUUUGAUAAGGGAGAUUUUCUUUUGGAGUACAGAGGACAACUCAUAAACAAAGCUGAAUGUGAACGACGACAGAAGUUAUAUCACGAUGCCAUGAAAGCGUUCAUGUAUGAAUUCCGUUUCAAUGGAAGACUCUUAUGUGUCGAUGCUUCCAGAGAAGAUGGUUCCCUUGGGAGACUUGUCAAUGAUGACCACAUCAGCCCAAACAGCAAAAUGAAAAUAAUCACUGAAGAGGGAAAGCCUCAUCUGUGUUUAUUUGCGACUAGGAGCAUCGACCCUGGAGAAGAAAUCACAUACGAUUAUGGCAAUUCUGAGUUGCCUUGGAGAAAUAAGAUUGUAGCUGAAGAACACCAACUGCCACCAGAGGAAAACAGCACUAUGGCAUUGAGUGAGGCCAGGAGGGUGAAAGACAAUCAGUCUCUGUCACAGCACCAGGCUGUUUCUGAGGCAGACCCCUUUACCCCUGUGACCGAAGAUACCCAGGCAGCCAUCAACCAAACAGAACAGAAUAUAGCUGGAGCCGUCACUGAGGUUACGUCAGAGCUGACGUCUGUGAUGGACAAGUUGGAGACUGAUGUUCUGGGAGGAGAGACAGAAAAGAAUAUAGCUGGAGCCGUCACUGAGGUUACAUCAGAGCUGACGUCUGUGAUGGACAAGUUGGAGACUGAUGUUCCAGGAGGAGAGACAGAAAAGAAUACAGCUGGAACCAUUACUGAGGUUACAACAGUGCUGACGACUAUAAAGGACAAGAUGGAGCCUGAGGUUCCAAGAAAGGAGACAGAAAAGAAUUGUAAACAUGAAAUGGUCUUCACAACUGUUUCGAGCAUGAACAAAUGUGCAGCAUGUGUUGGACCUGUAGCAUCACUCAAAUGGAUUGGUCUGAGAUGCAAAGUCUGCAAUUGUUUUUGGCACAAGUCCUGCUUUGUAAAACUUAUUAAGAAUGAGUCACUAUCAUGGCUUCCAAACCCCAGGAGAUAUCUGGUGUGGGAAUGUAGACUCUGCCAUGGCUGCCAAACCCAAAACCCUGACCCUACCGUGGUGUUCAUUUAGUUCUCCUGGCUAAACUGAUGGAAGUGAAUCUGAGAAUGGCACUGAAAGUGAGAAUAUGAAUGUGUCUAUGAGUGCACCAGUGCAGAUUGGUAGGUUUUUCUAACAUAUUGAUGUGUUACAUGCCCAAUUGUUUUGGUCAUGAUCAGUCCACACUGUUUGUGUGCUGAAUAAUGUGGUAAUCUCUUCUUACAGGGAUGCAGAAGGAUCACCCACCAAAAGAAGCCAAAGCUGGAUGUUCUGGUUGUAUUUUCCAAGUUAUAUAUGUGGUUUUGACUUUUAUUUUAGUCAUAUAACUCAUAAUUAUCAUUUUUGUUUUACCUAUUUUUAAUUUGAAACAAAAGUAUAUGUCAUCAUAUCUCCCAGUCUUUAUGGUUGUAUGAUGUGCAUAUUUAUAUACUUGUUUGUUUAGUCUCAAACACAGAUGCUUUGCCCAUGUCCCAUAGAGCACCUGCUGUUUUAUGUGCAAUAAGCUGGCUAUAAGGUUCACAAUUUUAAACAUCACAAUCUAAUUGAUUCUUUUGAUACGUGUUGUAUACACCAAUCAGACAUAACAACCAGUGAAAGGUGAAGUGAAUAACAUUGAUUAUUUCUCUACGAUGGCAUUUGUUGAGGGUUGGGAUAUAUUGGUAUAACAGUCAGUUCUCUGUGUUGAUGUGUUAGAAGCAGGAAAAAUGGGCAAGGGAUGCUACAUAAAGGUUCCUCUGAAAGUAACAGAAAGCAAGCUCAAUUAGUCUGUUUUUGCUAUACACUGAAGACGUUUGGGUUUGAGGUCAAAAGAUGAAUAUGAGAUGAUGGUUUAGAAUUUCAGCUUUCAUUUCCUGAUUUUUAUAUCUGUGUUACACAGAUUAAAACAUGGCACCUUUUGGUAUAGGCACAAAUUCUCUUAAAGUAAAUUAAACAACACUUAAUAUUUGGUUCAUAUCCCUUGCUUGCAAUAACUGUAUCAAGCCAGCAUACAUACAUCCCAUAUACAUCGCUCAAAACAAGAGUAGCUGUUCAUAGCUACUAAUUCUUUAAACUAUCAAUUUAACAGGAUACACCUGGGCAACAAGAAACACCAGUCACAUGUUCCAACAUACUUCAUCACUUGAAAAUAAAAUGUUUAAAAAAUCUAUAUGUAAAUAUCAGGAAAAAAAGCUAAAAUUCUGAGCUAUCGUUUUAUAUUCGUCAUUUGAUCUUAAACCCAGAUGUCUAGGUAUAGGAAAAACAAUAUAAUUGAACUUGCUUUUCAGAGGGGACUGUAUUUAACAGAGUUAAAAAUUAUGUUAACAGUUAACAGUUAUGUUUUUUAAGUGCUCAGUUGUAGUAUCCCUAACCUGAGUUGCUUAAUGUUCUGUAAUUGUUGUAUAGAAGGACUUGUUCUGUUAAGUCACAGGUGACCCGGUAAAUCACCAUGUGGUCAUGUUUGUGUUUGUGUUAAGUCGAGUACCAAUAAAACAUGCCUGUCCUUCUAAUACAGUGUAAAGUCUUUUUUUGUGUAUUGUUAAACUGAUGUCCCGAUAAAGCGGUGUGACCUUAUAAGUACCAAUUCUGUCGGAGGCGGGAGCUUCUCAGACGGUCCUUAUAUGCAACCAUAAUGUCAGGUCUUGUGUUUAAGAGUUUAAUUUUGCGUAGAAGAAAUCUGAAGUGAAAUUUGUCUUGCUAAAAAAAAACCAAAUUUUUUGAUGUUUACGGCAUUGCUGUAGCACAAAGGGAAAGGUGGGUCCCCUUAAACCACGUUUCAACUGGUUUGGCCGGCAAAGUCCUCGUAAGACUUAAAAACCAGUAUGUGUGUGUGUGUGUGUGUGUGUGUGUGUGCGUGUGCGUGUGCGUGAGUGUGUGU